CGCGGUAGGGUUUUCUCCUCCCGACCUUCGCUCGCUUGUGUUGGAACCAUAAGCGCCACCCACCGCCUCCUCGUCCUCCUCCGCCGCCGCCGCCGCCGCCGCCGACGAGGACGACGACGACGACGACGAUGUGGUCGGAGGAUUGGAAGUGGGAGAACGCGGCGGCGGGAGCCGUCGCCGGGUUCGCCACCGUCGCCGCUCUCCACCCUCUCGACGUCGUACGCACCAGGUUCCAAGUGAGUGAUGGGCGACCGUCGAUUCUUCCACAGUACAAGAACACGGGGCACGCGAUCUACACGAUCGCGCGAUCCGAAGGCCUCAGAGGGCUUUAUGCUGGUUUUUCUCCGGCAGUUCUUGGAUCUACUGUUUCAUGGGGCCUGUACUUCUUCUUCUAUAGUAGAGCAAAGCAAAGGUACCACAAAGGGGAUAAUGACAAACUCAGUCCGGGGCAUCAUCUAGCCUCAGCUGCAGAAGCAGGUGCUUUGGUAUGCUUGAUUACGAACCCUAUUUGGCUUGUGAAGACAAGAUUGCAACUUCAAACACCUAAACAUCAUUCUCGACCUUAUGCGGGAUUUUCAGAUGCUUUGCGAACCAUCUUGAAAGAGGAAGGAUUGAGUGCACUUUAUAGAGGGAUUGGACCUGGCCUUUUGCUUGUCACUCAUGGUGCAAUACAGUUUACAGCAUAUGAGGAACUUCGCAGUACUUUUAUCUAUAUUAAGAGUAGAGAAGUGAGGACUAAGAACACUGGUGGUGAGGAGUUACUGAAUUCUUUUGAUUAUGCCACACUUGGGGCUGCCUCAAAACUUGCUGCAAUUCUGCUCACAUACCCUUAUCAGGUUAUCCGAACUCGCUUACAGCAACGACCUAGUAGCAAAGGAACUCCAAAGUACUUGGAUAGUUGGCAUGUAGUGAAGGAAACUGCAAAGUUUGAAGGUGUUCGUGGGUUUUAUAAGGGCAUCACAUCCAACCUGUUGAAAAAUCUUCCUGCUGCUUCGAUAACAUUUGUUGUGUAUGAGAAUGUUCUCAAGAUAUUUAGAGUAGCCAAGGGACAAAGCUGAUGCAUCAAAUUAAAUUUUCUCUUGAAGCAUAGCAUUUUGUUUUGUAUUUACAAUAUAUUAAUACUAGACGUAGAAAUGAAUGUCAAAAUUUUUGAGACUUAUUCUUCAUAGUGGGAGCAAAAUGACGAGUGGCAAUUUUGAAA